AUAUUUCAUCACACAUAUAAAUAUUUGAACGUAUUGUUUGAGUACAUUUCCGUUCAGGCGGGAUGAAGUUGUCUUAACCAAGUCAGGCUGUCUUUCCUGUAACAAAGCAGGCUGCAAGAUGUCGGCUGAAGUGAAUCUGCUGUGGCUCCUUUCACUACUCCAAACGCUCCUGGCCUGUGGAGCCGAGCUGUCUUCUGAGGCCUGCAGGGAUCUGGGCUUCUCCAGCAACCUCCUGUGCAGCUCCUGCGACCUGCUCGGGGAGUUCAGCCUCACGAAGCUGCAGCCAAACUGCGGCCAAUGCUGCCAGCAAGAGGCUCAGAUGGACGGACGCAAGCUCUAUGCAGGCGCCAUCCUGGAGGUGUGUGGAUGAAAAUUGGGGAGGUUCCCUCAAGUCCAAGCUUUUGUCAGGAGCGAGAAGCCCAAGAUCUUCAAGGGUCUGCAGAUCAAGUAUGUGAGAGGCUCCGAUCCUGUCCUCAAGCUUCUGGACGAUAACGGGAACAUUGCUGAGGAGCUCAGCAUCCUCAAGUGGAACACCGACAGCGUGGAGGAGUUUCUGAGUGAGAAGUUGGAACGCAUAUAAAUAAAGAGAAACUUUUUUUUUUUUUUUUAUCUUGUUUUCAUGAAUCACAAAAGUGUCCCAGAGGUGAAAACUCUGUUUUCUUUCUGAUCAGGUGACUGUUUUCCUAUGUUUGUGCUCAACCUGGAACAAUGUCUCUAAAAUCUCUGCUUCAUAUGAAUUCGUCCAUGUCAUUAUGUUUUUGUGAAAAUUUGACCAAAUUACUUUGAAGGGACGUGACGCGUCCUCUCAGAUCAUUUUCAGUCCAGUUCUGGAGAACCAACGUGUUUAAUGUUCCUGUAUGAUUUUUUUUUUCUUUUUUUUAUGUAACACUCAUCAGUUUACAGGUGAGAUGCUUUGGUCCUGGAUCCUCUGCAAACGCAGGCCUCUGCAGAGGCACACAUGUGUGACGACUUCACAAGAACCCUGAUGGAGUGUGAACUCUGAUGUUACUUUGUGCCUUUCUGCUCGUUCUGCUUUGAAGAGAAACUGGACUUUUUUUUCAAUUCUUGAAGUUUAUUGAUGGCAUAAAUAUGCAAAAAUAAAAAUAUUCUCUCUUUA